CAGACUGUCUGUCGGAAGAGGGCUUAUCUAGUAUUCAUGAGGUCCUAGGUUCGAUUCCCCAGCACCACACGAACCAGACAUGUGACACAUGUCUGUAAGCCCAGCACUCAGGAGAUGGAAGCAGGAAGAUCGGAAGUCUUAAGGUCUUCCUCAGCUGAGUAAUGAGUUCAGGGAUAGCCUGGGCUACAUGUGACUCCUUCUCAAAGAAGCAAACAAAAAUCUUCCUUAGAGAACUUAUAUUUAAGGUAACAUGAUGUACCGUGUUAAUAGUCACACUCUGGGAUUAUAAAAGAGUCCACACAUGUUCAGGUGUAAUUGUGUAUAUGUGCAUGUGUGGGGUGCACAUACGUGUAUGGGGAGACAGAGGUAGACAGCAGGUAGCUUCCUCAAGUGCCCUCCACUGUAUUUUUGGAGUCAGAGUCUCCCGCCGAACCUGGAGUUCACUGAUUUGCCUAAGUAGUGAGAUCAGGGAUCUUCCCGUCUCCUCGCUGCCCCCUCCAACCUCAGAGCUACAGUUACAGAUGCACACUGGUGUAUCUGGCUUUUUUUUUUUUUUUUUAUGGAUUCUGGGGAAUAUGGGCUUUAGUUCUCAUGCUUGUAUGACAAACUUCCCCACCAGUCCAGCCAUCUCCCUAGCCCUCAGAAGUGAUUCUGUUUUUCAGUUGGAGGCUGGUGGAAUCGCCACAAGGAAUCCAUGGUAGGGAGGGAAAGGCACAUCAGGUCCGAAGGGAAUCCUAGCCCCUGUCCCUAGGCCAUAGUUGCCCCUAAAGACGUGUCAGCCAAUGAAAAUAGCCCUGACCUCCAGAUUCACACAGACCAAGACUAUGGUCAGAGACUUAGUAAAACAGUUGGCACCCACAAGGUCCACAAAGCAACCUUGUGAUAUGUCACAAGUUCAAAGCUACCCUGAGCUACAUGGCCCCUGUCUGAGGCAUCCUUUUCUAAUACUUAAGAGGAUCUGAACAUUUUAUGUCAUUGGCAGUUAGUUGUAUGUGUCUCCCAAGGACAAAUUGGGGCACAGAGAGGGUCAUUCUUCCGCCUGAAGUCACAUGACCAGGAAGGAGAAAGAAUACACAGUGCCCACUCUGAGGCCAGAAGAGAAACAGAUAGCACAUUUUGGGACUCAAAGCAUACGCUCAGAGGAAAGUCAGAGAGGCCCAUGAAGGGAUCUUGACCCACAGAGGGCCAUUCUUGACCCAGAGAGUCGAGGCUGUGGGGACUGGUGGUGAUGAGACACGGUAAGCCAAUGGAUAACGCAGUUAGGAGACCCAACUUCACAGGGAGUUGGUCGUGGGCAUUGCAUGCCAGGAUUAGGCCGUUCUGGAGACAAUAGAGAGGCGCAGACAGCUGGGGAGCGUGCUGUUUGUUGAAGAUUGUCAUCUCAGUGGGCAGAUGGCACAACUUGGCAGGACGAGACUGUCAUAGUAAUUCAGGGGUCUGACUCAUUAGCCUGAUUUAGGAUUGUGACUGAGGAAGGAGGCUCUGUGAUACGGAAGGGGUUACAUGGGGUUGGGGAGUCAACUCAGCUGGUAAAAGUAUUUGCCUCAGGACCUGAGUUCGACCCCCGGAACCUACGAGUGUAGCAAUGUGUGUCUAUAAUCCCAGCACUGGGGACAUGGUGGCAUGUGACAAAACCUAUCCUGGUGUCUAUGCACCACAGAUAGGGAAUUCAUUACAGACAGAGGCAAGUACCACCAAAGUCCAACUUUUUGAAUCAAUGAGUUUUAUAGGGGUUACUUCCAGGAAUCUUGGUAAGGGGUUACUUAUAGUAGUGACUUAAAGACAGCUGCAUCACCAAAGCCCAGCGUGCGUGACAGCUCACAAAGCUGGGAACCUGGAACACACUGCCCAGCCUGCAGGCAGCCUCAUCACAUUAGAGUGGCCUUUCCCUGAGGUAAUUGGUCUUAACUUCUUCCUGGCAGCUUGGCUGGCUUCUGCUUCCUCCAGGCGACUGGUCUGAUCUAAAAGCUCUCUUUACAGCUUAGCCCUGCUGCCCUCCAGAGAAAGACUCUUGGCUUUUAUUGCUUCCUUUGACUGAGAGGGACCUACUGAAUCCAGUCGGUUUCAGGGACUUCCUGAAGCUAUUUUGAGUUGUUUACCUUUCUGCUUCAGGAGCUCCCUGUAGGAUGGAUUUUUUUUUUUUCACUCUCUGAGGGAACUCUUACACAACAAGUGGAGACACACCAAUCCUUGGGGUUCCCUGGUCAGCCAGCUUAGCAGCCAGCCAGACCCAGGCCUCACUGGUAGAUCCUGACUCUGAUAACAUAGUGGCUGGCUGUUAGAGAAGCUUGACGUAGGGCCUUCUCAUAUGUACAUACAACCAUGAGCACAUGAUGGGGGGGGGGGUGAUCUUUGAAAAGCACAAAUUGCACAUCCUUAAUUCCUAAUACCCCCAAAUCAGGGCUGCAGCUGAAGGUCAGUUGGUAGAGUGUUUGCUUAGCAUGCACAAAGCUCUGGGUUCAAUCUCAACACAGUGUAAGACAGGUGUGAUUGCAUGCUUAUAGUUCCAGAACUCUCGAGGUGGAAUCAGAGGAGACUCAGGAGUUCAAGGUCGUCUUGAGCUACAUAGGGAGUUCAAGACCAACCUAGGCUAUACAAGACACUGUCUCAAAAUUUUCACAACAUCCCCAAAAUGUAAAUAUCAAAACGAUGCCACCAAUAGAAAGUUCCAAGCUGGACCGAUUAUGACAAGUCACAGUCAAAGCACAGGUACACUUUCAGAUAUUGCGGGUCAGGCUGGAAAUGGCUUGGCAGUUAAGAGUGUUUGUUGCCUUUGCAGAGGACCAGAGUGUGAUCUCCCCUGCACCGGUGUUAGGGUGUUGGGGUAGCUCACAGCCACCUACCUACCUGUAAUUCCAGCUCCAGGGAAUCCACUGCCCUCUUGUGGCCUCUGCAUGUACUACACUCACGUGUGAACACUGAAAAAUAAGUCUCUAAAAAAGAUCAUUACAAGGGGUUGGGGAUUUAGCUCAGUGGUAGAGCACUUGCCUAGCAAGCGCAAGGCCCUGGGUUCGGUCCCCAGCUCCAGGAAAAAAAAUCAUUACAUAAAAUUUCUUGGGCUAGAGAGAUGGCUCAGUGGUUAAGAGCACUGACUGCUCUUCCAGAGAUCCUGAAUUCAAUUCCCAGCAACCACAUGGUGGCUCACAACCAUCUGUAAUGGGAUCUGAUGCCCUCCCUCUUCUGGUGUGUCUGAAGACAGCUACAGUGUACUCAUUUGAAUAAAAUAAAUCUUUAAAAAAAAAUUUCUUUCGAGGAAACUGGCGAGAUGACUCAGUUACAACACUAGCUGCUCUUCCAGAGAGGCCAUAGGUUCAAUUCCCAGUGCCUAUGUGGUAGUUCACAACCAUCUAUAACUCCAGUUCCGGAGGACCUGACACCCUUUUACAGAUAGCCUCUUCCGGCCUCUGUGGGCACUAAGCACACAUUGUUGCACAAAUAUGUAUACAUGCAAAAUACCUGUACAUGUAAAAUGUUCUCAAAAUUGUAAAAGAAAAUGUCUCUGGAUAUGUGGGUAAGUCCUAUCUGAAGCAUAAAUUAAUCGACUGUUUAUUUAGACUUGGGUCCCAUUCCCAAGAUCCCACAUUGUACAUAGGCAAAUAUUCCAUAAUCCAAAGUCACACAAAGCCCUUGUGUUCUCAAACAUCUGAAGCUGUAUUUGUAGUAGUAGAUCGGAUCCCCCCACUAUCAAGCAUGCGCUCUCCCCAGCUUCCUUCCCUCCUUCUCCCCUCCCUCCCUCCUUACCAUCUCCCUUCCCUUCCUUCCUUCCUCUCCAGUGCUUUCGACCUGAUCCCAGAGCCUUAGCACAAGCUAGACAAAUAUAGCACCAAGCUCCAUCCCCAGCUUUUGGAUUUCUGAGAUGAGAGUCUUGGUAUGUAGCCUAGACCUGGCCCAAAUUUGGUUUUUCAUGCCCAGUGCUAGGGUUAUAGGGGUAUACUAGGACACCCAGCUGCAAGCAUUCUCUCUCUCUCUCUCUGUCUCUCUCUGUCUCUGUCUCUCUCUCUCUCUCUCUCUCUCUCUCUCUCUCUCUUUCUCUUUCUCUGUGUGUGUGUGUGUGUGUGUGUGUGCGCGCGCGCGCGCACCUGUCUGCAUGUACAUGCACCUUGCUAUACAUGUGAAUAACUUGUUACCAGAGGUUAGCUUGUGGAGAUGAGUUCUCUCUUCCCGCCAUUGUAAGUAUUGGGAAUCGAACUCAGGUUACCAGGCUUGGUGGCAGUUGCCUUUAUACCCUGAUCCAUCUUUCCAGCCCUCCAGCUUAUCUUUAGAGCCCAAGUCUUUCUCUGAAUCCAGAGCUUAACAUUGCAUCUAGGGCCAGCCAGUGAACCCCUAAGGUCCUCCCAUGCCCACCCCUCAGGACUGGGCUACGGAUAAGCACCAUUUUUCCUAGUCUCACAUGGGUGCUGGGGAUUUGAACUCAGGUCCUCAUGCUUGGCAAAGCAAGAUCUUACCCAUUGAGCCAUCUCUCCAGUCCUCAAGCAUUCUUUAGUAUUAAUCCAGCCUAGCAUAACCGUCCUCCAGCAUACGGUAUUUGCCUAAUUUCGUGUGAGAAAUAGAGAUUCAGCCACAGCCAGCUCUUCAGCGAAGGUUGUCACUGCCUGAGGUGGGAUCUGACCAUCUCUUGCACACUAUAUUGCACAGUUGAAUGGCCUCUGAUGAGCAGCAGGUCCGUACUAGGGAGAGGGUGUCCAUUGUCAGUAGUUUUGGGGGCAGGUUAGUUACGCCUGUCACUUGAGUAGCAGUUAGAUUUGAAACGGGGCCAAAAGGAAUCAGGAAAUUCUCUUUAGGUGACCCUGUGACUAGCAAGGAAGGAAGGCACGAGAGACCCCCGAGGGUAGCCCCCUAUGUUGUAUUCCAAAAUAGAGGCAAGGGGCAGAUUGCAGGGGCCCUGGCUUUGAAUGGCCCACUCCGUGCUACCUAGAGAAGGUUAAGACCCAGCUUGGGGCUGCAAAGAGAGAAUAUGUUCAACUCUCUCUGAGGUGGAGGGACACAAGAGCCUCAAUGGGGAAGGGCAGUGAGACCUCCUGCUCCCAUAUCAGAGUCAGAGCCCAGGUCCCUCCUUCCUCACCUGCAGUCAGAGCCUACAUCCCUACCUCCCCUAUCCUGGCCCACAACAGGAAGACAGCUCAGAGGAAGAUCACAGCUGUCCAGGGCAUGUGGCAGACAGGCAGUAAGCCUAACUCCACUCCGGAGGACAUCUGAGGCCAUCUUCCAAUGACUUGAACCUCUUAGUGACAUUGGGACCUUUGUUCCUUUGUCCUCUUUAAAGCUACUUAGACCGGAGGGAUGUGUGUGACAAGACUGGACAGCCUGCUUCUCCGCCACCAGGUCGGGGAGGUGACAUCAUGAGUUGUCACAUGCCCUGCCUUCCAUGCCUUACCAUGUGCACUUCCCUGUGGAACACCCUGGGGAUCCUGAGUCAGCUCUUCCCAAGCCCCUGUCCUAUCCAGGCCCCCUCAGGACAACCUGCGAGCCAGAGUGCUGCGUAUUGAAGCAGUUUGACUUAUGAGGAAACAGACGCAGAGGUCAUCUACGUGUCCCAGGACUCCACGUAGCCUGACUGCAGAGCCUGCACUAUGUAACCAGUGUGUGCUCACGACUCUGUCCUGCCCCUCCCAGAUACAGGCUCCUGCCUUCUAGCAGGAAAGCACACCAGAGAAGAGACCAGAGAUAGCAUUCCAAGAUCGGCACAGAGUGGAAGGAAGCGAGGGAGGAACUCAUGAUGUUCAGAGGCACUGAGGCGGGGUGUGGUGGAUAUGUCCCAGGAAUCAGCAAACCGCGCUGCGGGACCGACACACGGGGCUGGCAGAGAAUCAUCCCGCCUUGUGGGCUUUUGUUCCUCAUGGUGCUAGGGACCAAAUCCAGAGCCUUGGGCUUGCUAGGCAAGCACUCUGCUAAUGUCCAAGCACUAAUGUUUAUGUGCAAGGGAGUUGGGGGCUCUAGGGCUGUCACUCAGUAGUAGCCCACUUGCCUGGCCUGUUCUUUCUCUAGCGUUAACGGGAAACUUUUUUUUAUUUGUUUACAUUUUUAUUUAUUAUGUAUGUGUGGAGAUUAGUGGACAACUGAGAGUUUUUUAUUCUGUCCUUCCCCCAUGUGGGUGGGACCCAAGGACCAAAUUCAGGUCGUUAUGCUUGUUCUUGGGCAUCUUUCCCUGCUGCGCCUUCUCACCAACCUUGGAGAAGGGAGGCAGCAGUGAGUACUGGGCAUUGAACCCAGGGCCUUGUGAGUACCAGGCAAAAGCCCUGUCAGUGUACUAUGUCCCAGCCUUCCGGCUACAUCAGUGUCUAUCUAGGGCAGAGGUACGCCACCUGUGUGCGGGUCAUAACCCUUUUGGAAGUCACAUAUCAGAUAUCCUGCGUACCAAAUAUUUAUGUUACGAUGGACAACAGCAAAAUUACAGUUCCGAUGUAGCGCCGGUAACGAUUUUAUGGUUGAGAGUCAGCCCAACAUGAGGAACUGUACUAAAAAGGCCGCAGGAAGGCUGAGAAGCGCUGGCCUGGGGACCUGGAAGAACCUGCAGAAGGUUCCCGUGGCUGUGCAUUUUUUUCUGAGUCCUCUGAUCCAGGCUCUGAGUCCCACUGCAGUGUCUCUGCCCCUGGUCUGGAGGAAAUCCUAAGCUGACAUAACAGGGAAGACCAUAGAUACAGUGACAGGUGUCCCAGGACGCAUGUUAGCUGGAGAGGCUCUGUUGACAGUACAAAGGCACUGGGCUUCAUCAUCACAGAGGACCCUGUCUGUGCCCCACUGCCACAUUUCCUGGUGGCUCUGCUCCCCCCACCCCACCCCCAGAAGAUCAGAGCCAGGCCAGUGGUCCAGAGUUUCCUGGGCCCAGCCUCUGUGUGCUGUGCCAUGCCUGCAGGGUCCUUUUCCCAGGAGCCUUUGUUGGUGCACAAUUCCUAGAGCUCUGGUAGCCUGGGUAAUCUCCCUAGAGGCUGGGUGGGGUAGCCCUGAGCCAGGAAUGGUGAAUGGGCUGUAGCCUGAUGGGGAGCCUCAGCUGGGAGAAAGCUCCCAUUCAAGGAACCUCCCGUGUAAGGAGGCUGAGCUGACCACGGGAAGUUGGCCUCUGUUCCCUUGGGGAUGGCACCGGAAGAGACAGCUGCUCUGGGGCCUGUCCUUGUCCCUAGAGAGGCCCAAGCACUCAGUGCUUUUGUCCAGGAAGAGGCUAAGGAGCACAUGGGAUACUGGGGACUUUCUCCAGAUCCAGUGGCUAGGAGUAGAGAAGUGGGGUAGAGCCUAGAUCCUUCACCUCCCUAAUUGUGCUCGCCUACAUCCCUUCUUCCUGUGCACAGUCAGAGCCCCUCAUACCUUCCCUGCUGCCUCGCCACAGAGUCAAAGCCUAGUUCCCUCCCUUUCCACCUCCUUUCAUUGUCUGAGCCUAGCUCUCUCUUCUAGGGUCACAGCCCAGAUCCUUUCUCCCUGCCUUUUACCUGGAGUCAUAGUUUAACCACUCCUUCAACACUUCUCCACUGUAGUCCUAACCUAGAUCCCGCGUUUCCCGACUUCCUACCUAUAGUCAGGGCUUAGAUCCUUUCCUGCCUACCUCUCUACCUUCAGUCAGAGCAAGGACCACUCCUUGCUGACCUCUGCCUGAGUAGAGAUCUCUCUCCCUCUUCUGUGACCAAAGCCCAAGCCAAAGACACUGGCUGCUUCCUGUCACAAUUUGAGAAAGAGGCCUUCCUCAGCCGCACUUCUGCCUCCUCCCCGUGGUGUGGCCACACAGGCCCUACCCCCUGCAACCUCCAAUCCUGAGCCCCCACAGUAGGAUGGGGAAGCCUUGGCCAGGCCACCCAUGGGCUCCUACAGGCCUCCAGAAUCUCCAGACAUAGCUGCAGAGAAUGCAGCCAGCUUUGGCCCUGAGAAGGACCCGCUGCCUCCGUGGGGCUAAGUGCUGCGAGUGUAGCACCUCCCUUUCACACCAGUACUACGAGAAGGAUGGACAGCUCUUCUGCAAGAAGGACUACUGGGCCCGCUAUGGCGAGUCUUGCCACGGGUGCUCCGAACACAUCACCAAAGGGCUGGUCAUGGUGGCCGGGGAGCUGAAGUAUCACCCCGAGUGCUUCAUCUGCCUUGCCUGUGGAAACUUCAUCGGUGAUGGGGACACCUACACACUGGUGGAGCACUCCAAGCUGUACUGCGGGCAGUGCUACUACCAGACUGUGGUAACUCCAGUCAUCGAACAGAUCCUCCCUGACUCACCCGGCUCCCACCUGCCCCACACAGUCACCCUCGUGUCUAUCCCAGCCUCUGCUCAUGGCAAACGAGGCCUGUCUGUCUCCAUCGACCCCCCUCACGGCCCACCAGGAUGUGGCACGGAGCAUUCGCACACGGUCCGAGUCCAAGGAGUGGACCCGGGCUGCAUGAGCCCGGAUGUGAAGAAUUCCAUCCACAUCGGAGACAGGAUCUUGGAAAUCAACGGCACGCCCAUCCGGAAUGUGCCGCUGGACGAGAUCGACUUGCUGAUCCAGGAGACCAGCCGCCUGCUCCAGCUGACCCUCGAGCACGACCCCCAUGACUCACUGGGCCAUGGGCCAGUGUCGGAUCCCAGCCCCCUGGCCUCCCCGGUACACACUCCCAGCGGACAGGCAGGCAGCUCUGCCCGGCAGAAACCUGUCUUGAGGAGCUGCAGUAUUGACACGUCCCCGGGUGCCGGCUCACUAGUCUCACCAGCCUCCCAGCGCAAGGACCUGGGUCGCUCCGAAUCCCUCCGAGUGGUUUGUCGACCACACCGCAUCUUCCGGCCGUCUGACCUCAUCCAUGGGGAGGUGUUGGGCAAGGGCUGUUUCGGCCAGGCCAUCAAGGUGACACAUCGAGAAACGGGCGAGGUGAUGGUGAUGAAGGAACUCAUCCGGUUUGACGAGGAGACCCAGAGGACAUUCCUCAAGGAGGUGAAGGUCAUGCGAUGCCUGGAGCACCCUAACGUGCUCAAGUUCAUCGGCGUGCUGUACAAGGACAAGCGGCUGAACUUCAUCACCGAGUACAUCAAGGGCGGCACCCUGCGGGGCAUCAUCAAGAGCAUGGACAGCCAGUACCCGUGGAGUCAGAGGGUCAGCUUUGCCAAGGACAUUGCAUCAGGGAUGGCCUACCUCCAUUCGAUGAACAUCAUCCACCGAGACCUCAACUCCCACAACUGUCUGGUCCGUGAGAACAGGAACGUGGUGGUGGCUGACUUUGGGCUGGCUCGACUCAUGAUCGAUGAGAAGGGUCAGUCUGAAGACUUGCGUAGCCUUAAGAAGCCGGACCGCAAGAAACGGUACACAGUGGUGGGUAACCCCUACUGGAUGGCGCCAGAGAUGAUCAAUGGUCGUAGUUACGAUGAAAAGGUGGACGUGUUUUCCUUUGGAAUUGUCCUUUGUGAGAUUAUCGGGCGUGUGAAUGCAGACCCUGACUAUCUGCCCCGCACUAUGGACUUUGGCCUCAAUGUAAGGGGUUUCCUGGACCGCUACUGUCCACCAAACUGUCCCCCAAGUUUCUUCCCCAUCACUGUGCGCUGCUGUGACCUGGAUCCUGAGAAGAGGCCCUCUUUUGUAAAGCUGGAACAAUGGCUAGAAACACUUCGCAUGCACUUGGCUGGUCACCUGCCACUGGGCCCACAACUGGAACAACUGGAGCGGGGCUUCUGGGAGACCUACCGGCGGGGCGAGAGCUCGCUACCCGCCCACCCCGAGGUCCCUGACUGAGCCCAGUGGGCCCACCAUCUUCAUCCCCGCCUCUGGAGAAUAGACCCUCACCAGAUUCCUCAGCAGGGGGUGGCCUAGGCAUGGAGCCCUCAGCUGGGGCAGUGGUGACCAUAUCCGUACCCCCAGACCUGCCUUUUCCCCUCAUGCAGGGUGCCCCCCAGCCUCUCUCUGCCUCUGGCCCCCAAGUCACAAGGCUGCACACACACGUGGUUGGUCACAUCGCCCUGCCUUACCUCCCAUUGUGUGGAGCCACCCCCUCACUUGUCUUUGCAUGAGCUGGAGGGUUGGGGAAGCUGAACCCAUUCCAUGCAAUGCCUGCAGCUGUCUGCACAGCGCACCUGCUGGCAGCUCUUCCCAGCAAGGCUGGGCCAGAAGGCAGCUUUAGAAGUGAGCCCUGUAAGGCCAAGGGAGAGGCUAUGUGCCCGGGAACCCAAGGGCAGUCCAGGAUCCCUUGGGGAAAAUCUAGGUAGCAUCAGGUAUUGACAGGGAUCUAAAUCCCAAAGCAGAGAGAGAGAGAGGUCCAGUCCCAUGUGGCCAGGCAGUGGCCUUCGCUCUUGCUUCGUGUCCAUCUCAUUUCUUGAUCAAAGCCACUUUAGUAAGAAGUAGGUACCAGUCCUCAGGAUGAGCCAGGAGCCCUCAGGGGAGAGGGCGGAUGAUGCCUGGGAACACAGCUGACAGGGAGGGUCCAGCCCACACCACAGAGGCUAGGCAGAGGGAAUGAGGUAGCCAUCCACCAGCACCCCAGCCCUCCCGGUUCAUCUCAGCACCCUUCCUGGGCCUCUCCCCGUGGCUGGAGCAGCCCCACCCCCUCCCUGGGUGCAUCUGCCCUCUGAGUUCUUUCUGUGUGAUCUAUUUUUUAAGAAGAGUUUGUAUUAUUUUUUCAUAACGGCUGUAGCAGCAGCUGCUGGGGGGGGGUUGGGGGGGUUUGUUUUGUUGUUUUGUUUUAGGUGGGUGGGGGUGGGAGGGCCAUCUCUUCACUCUGCUUCAGUUGAACACCUAGGGACGUAUUAAAACUGUGAAGCUUUCUCAGUGCACUUUGAACAUGGAAGAGAAUCUGAACCCCCGCGGGACCAGGACUGAAAGAGGCAAGGCCUGCUUGCCUCGGCCCAGUGACCGUGAUAGGAAUGAACCCAAACUCAAUAAAAUCAAUUCUGUGCUCCCCA